AUGGUACAGACUCGACAGACCUCUCAAAAGUUGGCAGGCCGCGUCGCCAAUGGCCAUGCUAACGGAACCGCCAAUGGCCACCUCAAUGGCCACGCCGUAUCCUCAAGCGUCGAGCAAAUAGAUCGAUCCAGAUGGCGACUGCUCAAUGAAUCAGGUCGGCACACUUGGCACUACCUCAAGACCGACAAAGAGGUUGCGGAAUGGCCGCAGUCGGCCGCAGACAAGUAUUAUCUAGGGCUGCCGACUGAUCUCCCUGACCUCCCUCCUGCCUCGAGACCGUCUGAAUCGAUAGACAACUGCUUGAGCUUCUAUUCGCAACUGCAGCUGCCUCCUGGCAACUGGGCUUGCGAGUAUGGCGGCCCCCUCUUUCUGAUGCCCGGCAUCGUAUGCUGCUGGUACGCGACUGGAACGCACAUCCCGCUAGAAUAUAAGAUUGAGAUGAAAAACUAUCUCUUCGCAAGGCAAAAUAAGGAUGGCGGGUGGGGAUUGCACGUCGAGGGUCACAGUUCUGUUUUUGGGACAGCCAUGAAUUACACCGUCCUACGAAUACUGGGCGCCAGCGAGGAAGACCCAAGAAUGAUCAAAGCAAGAGGAAAACUUCAUGCAAUGGGCGGGGCAACCAAUGGUCCUCACUGGGCCAAAUUCUGGCUCAGCGUCUUGGGAGUGACCCGUUGGGAGAUUGUCAACCCAGUUCCUCCUGAACUGUGGCUAUUGCCCGACUGGGUACCUAUUGCUCCCUGGCGGUGGUGGGUUCACAUGCGCCAGGUGUUUCUCCCCAUGUCCUACGUCUGGUCGAAGAAGUUCACAGCUCCUGAAACCGAUCUCGUUCGAUCCUUGCGACAAGAACUGUUCGUGCAGCCUUACGAGUCCAUUGAUUUUGGGUCACAUCGUAAUUCGAUUGCCCCUGAAGACAACUACCAUCCAAAGUCUUGGCUGCUAAAUCUGAUAAUGUGGCUCCUAGUGUGGAUUUGGAUCCCUUUUCUGAGAACAAGAUCACUCGUCGAGAAAGCUGAAGCUUGGGUUUGGCGACUGGUCGAGUACGAAGACCACAACACGGACUAUGCAGACCUGGCCCCAGUCAACGCCCCCAUGAACACACUCUGCUGCUUUAUCAAAGAAGGGCCUGAAAGCUACUCGUUUAAACGACACCUUUACCGCCUUGAAGAAUAUCUCUGGGUCAAUAAAGAAGGGAUGCUCGUGAACGGGACCAAUGGCGUGCAAGUUUGGGACACGGCAUUCAGCAUCCAAGCUUGUGUUGAAGCUGGCUUGGCCAACUCGGCCAAGUGGAAACCCAUGCUCACCAAAGCAUUGCAAUACUUGGAAUCUGAGCAGAUCCGUGACGAGGUCCCCGACCGAGAGACAUGCUACCGCCAGUCACGCAAGGGCGCGUGGCCGUUCAGCACCAAACUGCAAGGCUACACCGUUUCGGAUUGCACAAGUGAGGCUCUCCGUGUUGUCCUUCUUCUCCAGAAUGGCCACGGCUACCAACCCUUGAUUGAUGAGUCUCGCAUUUGCGAUGCGGUUGACGUGCUGUUGAGCAUGCAGAACAAACAUACCGGGGGCUUUGCCAGCUAUGAGCCCCAACGUGGGUCAGAGUACCUCGAGAUGCUCAAUGCGGCUGAAGUCUUUGGGCGUAUCAUGGUGGAGUACGACUACCCCGAAUGUACAACGGCCGUGGUCACAGUCUUGUCGCUGUUCCAGAAAUUCUAUCCAAACUACCGUACGGAUGAGAUAAAAUUGGUCAAGGAGUCUGCGUUGCAGUACAUCCGUCGGGCCCAAAGGAACGACGGAUCUUGGUACGGCAGUUGGGGUAUCUGCUUCACCUAUGCAGCCAUGUUUGCCCUUGAAUCCUUGUCUUCAGUGGGCGAAUCAUAUUCCAACUCGCCUCGUGUCAAGAAAGCUUGUGAAUUCCUCAUCUCGCAUCAAAUGCCCGAUGGCGGCUGGGGCGAGAGCUAUCGCGCCUCAGAACUCAAAGUGUGGGUUGACCAUGAAAAAUCGCAGGUGGUGCAGACCUGUUGGGCCGUCAUUGCGCUGAUUUAUGCUGGAUAUCCUGACCAAGAGCCGCUCAAAAGGGCGAUCAAAAUGAUUAUGGCUAGACAGCAAAGGAACGGCGAAUGGCUGCAAGAGGCCAUCGAAGGGGUGUUCAAUUGCAGCUGCAUGAUCACAUAUCCGAAUUACAAGUUUUAUUUUCCCGUCAAGGCGAUGGGUAUGUAUAAAGCCAGAUGGGGAGACGACAAGUUACUUUGA